GGGACCUAAGGGGAUGAGAGAGAGAGAGGAGAUUUAAUUUUCUAACCUACAUUCAGCAUGCCCAAAAAUAGAGUGUUGGUGUUCUCGAACGUCCGGUAGUUUUCUACCCUUUCUAUUCUGAAGUAAACAGCGCCGGGGUGGUUUUUAAGGCUGCGCCAACUGCUACGGGACUAGUUACUGUUCAAGAAUGGCGAAAGAAGGUGUGAACGGUGAGAAGACAUCUCAGCUGUGGAAAGAAGAAGGGAAUGCAGCAUUCAAGGAAAGUGAUUGGGUGGGAGCAAUACAGUGCUACACCAAAGCAAUCCAACUCACAAAAGAGGAGGGCCAGGAAAAGAGUGUGUAUUUGAAAAACCGGGCUGCCGCAUACCUCAAGUUGGGUGAAAAUGAAAAUGCCUUAUCAGAUUGUACUGCUGCCCUAGAUUUAGUACCCAAUGAUCCCAAGUCUCUAUUUCGACGUUGCCAAGCAUUGGAAGCGUUGGACCGACUUGAAGAAGCUUAUCGUGAUGCUCGCCAAGUUCAUACUGUUGAUCCUGGAAACAAGGCGAUUCAACCAGUAUUGGCACGACUUCAUAAUGUUGUUCAAGAACGUCUGAAGCUAAUGUCGCAGACUUCGAACAAGGUGGCUAAAAUGUUUGAGAUAGCCUUUGACAUGACAGCAGAUAGAGAAAAGCGUGAACAAGCUUUGAAUAACAUGGUUGUACUUGCCCGUGAAAAUGCUGGCAGUGAAGUCAUGUUCAAGGCAGGUGUCAUCAGCAAGAUAGCAUCUCUUUUAAAACUCGAAAAAAAUGAGGAAAUUUUCCUUGGUGGUGUUAGAAUUAUUGGUGAGCUCUGUAAAGAAAGCCUGGAUAGAACAAAAUCCAUCCUUCAGGAGUUAGGUGUGCCAUGGUUUUUGGAUAUUCUGAACUGUCAAAAAGAGCAGCAAGUAAAUGCAGCACAAUAUUGUUUGCAAACAAUAUUAAACACUUUAAGUGGAAUGACUAACAAACAAGACAGUAAACCAGAUCCUGAGUUGUGUGAACAAAAUAAGAAUGAGAUCGAUACCCUUCUCACUUGUCUAGUAUUUAGUGUGACCAGUCGCACAUUGUCAGGACUUGGAAGAGAUGCUAUCAUCGAGUUACUCAUGAGAAAUGUUCACUAUUCAACUUUAAACUGGGCUCAACGCCUCGUCGAGAUUCGUGGUCUACAGCGUUUGAUGGAAGUUGCGAGUGAGCUCAAGGAAUACAAAUAUGAAUCAGCUAUGGAAAUAACUGACUCGACUCGUUCGUUGGUCUCUGUUUGUCUUGCCAGGAUUUAUGAAAAUAUGUAUUAUGACAGGGCACGCCAAGAUUUUAUCAGCAACAUAGAUGAUUAUGUGAAAGGAAAAUUGAUCACCCCAGAGCUAGAAUCGAAAGUACGAGUUGUCGUAGCAUUGACUUCUCUUCUUCUUGGUCCCCUUGAUGUAGGCAACAAUAUUGUAGCACGGGAUGGAAUGAUGGAAAUGAUUCUUGUAAUGGCUGGUACAGAUGACAUUCUACAACAGAAAGUGGCUUGUGAAUGCAUAAUUGCAGCCAGUUCCAAAAAAGAUAAGGUGAAGUCAAUCAUUGGUCAGGGAGUUAAUAUUCUUAAGAAAUUGUAUCAGUCUAAGGAUGAUGGGAUCCGUGUACGAGCAUUGGUAGGCUUGUGCAAACUUGGUAGCAGUGGAGGAACAGAUGCAUCUAUUCGCCCAUUUGCAGAUGGAGCCACAACAAAGCUGGCAGAGGCCUGCCGCAGAUUUUUAAUUAGUCCGUCUAAGGACGCUGAUAUGAGAAGAUGGGCUGCUGAAGGCUUAUCAUAUUUAACUCUUGAUGCCGAUGUCAAGGAAAAGCUUAUUGCGGAUAAAGCAGCAAUUCAGGCUCUCAUUGAGCUUGCUAAAACUGGGAACCAAGCUGCUGUGUAUGGUGUUGUUACAACAUUUGUAAACCUUUGCAAUGCCUAUGAAAAGCAAGAGGCUAUUCCUGAAAUGGUUGAACUUGCCAAGUUUGCUAAGCAUCAUAUACCUGAAGAUCACGAGUUGGAUGAUCCAGACUUCAUUUCUAAAAGGCUCAUCAUUUUGGCUAAAGAGGGCAUCACUACUGCUCUGGUUGCCCUUUCUAAAACAGAGAGUCAUAACAGCAAAGAACUCAUUGCUCGUAUAUUUAAUGCUAUCUGCAGUCAACAAGAACUUCGAGGCCUUGUAGUUCAACAAGGUGGGGCCAAAGCUCUGUUACCUAUGGCACUCGAAGGUACAGAGAAGGGUAUAAGGCAAGCUGCUCAGGCUUUGGCUCGCAUCGGUAUUACAAUGAAUCCAGAGGUAGCAUUUCCAGGACAACGAAAUGUAGAAGUCAUCCGGCCUCUGAUUUCCUUGCUUCAUCCUGAAUGUACAGCCUUAGAAAAUUUUGAAGCAUUGCUUGCCCUCUGUAACUUGGCAGGUUUGAAUGAAACAACCAGAUUGCGAAUAAUUAAAGAACAUGGUGUACCCAAAAUUGAGGGGUACAUGUUUGAAGAGCAUGAAAUGCUGAGACGUGCAGCUACUCAAGUCAUCACAAAUUUAAUUUUGUCACCUGAAGUUGUCAAAAUGUAUGAAGGGAAGAACGAUAAAACCAAAUAUCUUGUACUUCUCAGUGCUGAUGAAGAUACUGAAACGGCAAUGGCAGCUGCUGGUGCCCUUGCCCAACUUACAGCUGUAAGCAAGAAAUGCUGCAAGAAAGUAUUUGAAGUGGAGAGUUGGAUUGAAAGUAUACAAUCUCUUCUUGGGAACCCAGAUACUGGUCUUCAGUACAGGGGUGUCUACAUUGUCAACAAUUUGAUGCAAUCCUGCAAAGAGGUAGCAGAAAAACUGAUUUCAACAGAUAUCAUGGAAAUUCUAAUGGCCCUGUCCCUUCUGGAAGAUGGUGAUGAAAAAGUUAAGAAGUAUGCCCUUGAGGCACUGAAGUCUGCGGAACAAUGGAAAUUAAUAAAGAAACCUGGAGAAAACACUGAUGAAGAAAAUGAAGAUGAUUUGGAGUAAUAGCAUACUGAUAGACCAAAGAUUAUUGUGUUUGUUGUAAUUGUCACUGUAUUCAUCUUUUUAGCAUUUUGAAGACCUAUUUAUUAUAUUGUUUUAGUUUGAACUGAAGACUUAUCUCUACCAGAAGUGGUCCAAUUAGUGAUCUAGCAAUGGGUUUCCCCACUUAAAAGUACUUAAUAUCUCUAAAUUUUAUGUACCUGUGUUUUAAGCAGCAUGUAGUUUUGCCUCACUUUAAAAUGGAAAGUAUCUCUUAGGCAAACCCAUUAAGAAGAGUAUUUUCAAAGCCAUUCUGCCUUUAUCAAAUUUGUUAUGAAUUAAAUUCAUUUUUUAUUGUAUUUUAUACUUAACCUAGUUCUGCUAGAUUUCCUACAGUAUUGACCCUGUUAUUGUUAAGAUUAUUUAUUUGUCUGAGUUUUUGGCUCAGUUCACUUUGUAUAAUAAAAAUAUCUGAACUAUCCAGACUUAAUCAAUGUUCAGAAAGCUGACUGUGUGACAUCAGUGAUUGGUGAAAUUUACUGUCACCUAUCACAGUUGAGAUGUAUUACGUGAAAAUAUUAAAUUGUUUUUACCAAA